UCUUAAUAAACAUGGAUGCCUCCACAGGCAAAACGCCAUCUUCUCGGAAACAUCGAAAUGUUUGCCCGGAUCGACCGUUGUAUCGUGAUGGGAGGCGUGACAGGGCGGUUAAGGUUUUCACCAUCAACCAGGAAUCCCGCUACCUGCUUGUUCAUGGGGUUCCUGAUAUCAACAUCACCGAUGAGCUUCUCAAACUCUUGUCCCUCUACGGUGUGAUAGAGGAGUAUCGCACCCUUGAUGAUGAUCAGACUGCAGAGGAGUUCACCAAGACACAUUGGAUCAAGUAUGCAAACAUCCAGGCAGCUAGAGUUGCCAAGCGCAAGAUGGAUGACCAUUCCUUCUAUGGAGGAUUCCUGCAUGUGUCCUAUGCUCCUGAGUCCGAGAGUAUCCAGCACACCAGGGAGAAGCUCCAGCAGCGCAGAAUGGAUGUGGCACGUAGACUGAGGAAACUUGCACAAGAGAGGGCGCCAGAUGUAGAUGACAGCAUAGAAACUGUUGGUGCUUUGUCAAGCACAACAGAAACAAAUGACACACACCUUGAUGGACCUUCUCCUGUGACAGCAUGGACGUCGACUCCACCUUCACAACAAAUACAUUCAGCAUGUCAUGGUCCUCCACUGGUGACUGCAGAGGGUGGAUAUGAUCAAGGCCUCGGACAUUCUAUUCAUGAGCAUGGUAACCCUGAUCAGGACAUUGUGCGGUUCCCUCCGUCCCUCCCUGAACCCCCCGAAGACUACCUCCCUGGCAGUGGAACAUUCCUAGCCAGCCAGACUUCCCAAGACUGCGCACUAAACAUGACACUCUCCCUGUUGGGUACAAUCCAUUCCCUGAGGGGGUUGGUCAGCCCAAUCAAGCUGGGAUGGAAAAUCCUCAUCAAAAUCGAUCAGCAGUAUCAGCAGUACCUACAGGUGCAUUUGUUGGACCUUUGCGUCCCUCAGAGGGAGGUUCAAUCAACCCUACAUUAGAUUCAGACAUGCAAAGUCAAUUGCCUCCUGGACAAAGAUAUCGGGAGUCGGGCGCAAGACCAAAAGAUGGAUCUACUCAUUCUAAACAGACUAGUGGUCACCAUAAAUACAUGGAGCAGCAGAAUGAUUAUCAACAAAUCCAGACUGGCCAGAGUCAAAGUGUUGGAUUCCAAGGAGGAUAUCGUGAUGCUGAUUCUGAUCAUUCGCAAAGUGAGCAGAGACCAAAGCUGGUUGGUAAAAGGAGAUUAAAUUCCAACCCUUCAAGCUCUCCCGAUAAGCAAACAGAUGUGACACACAGCAAUACACAAUGUACUCCAAGCCUUACCAGCCAGCAUGCCUUUGUACCUCGUCCAGUUAGUACCAGAGCAAAGAGGUCAGCCUCCAGCAUAGAUGAAGCUGAUCCACAGAAUGGCCAUCAAAGCUCCCCGACCCUAGUGACAGGGGACCCUUCAUUCGAUAGAACGGUCAGCAGUGUACGAGAACAGAUGUUCCAGCUAUCUGAAGCAGUCGUGAGAAGCAGUACAGCUCCUAGAUCUGUCAUCCAAACAGCAAUUAUCCAAGCAAGGAACCAAGAGAGAAUGGGUCUGCUACCACGCCCACCACCAACCAAGAGGCAGAGAAUAUGACAUGGAGGAAACACCAGUCUGGUCACCUACAUACCAGUAUUAAAAAUUUAUUUUGUACAGACACUAUAUACAGGGUAUGAUCCGUGCGUGCGAUACGAGCAAAUGUUAAUCGGACGUGCACAAGGCCACGUAAAAACACACCAUCACGGGUGAGGUGAAGAAGGUUUGUACCUGCCGUAUAAAGAGGGGGUGUGGAAGCACGCCAAGGACCACUUUCAAAGAAUAAAUGGCACUACCUUGUCAAACUUUGAGGCCCACUUGGCUGAGGUCAUAAGGCGAAACCACAUCUCGGGGCAGAACAUCUUCGAAGCCUUCUUCUCGCUCCUGCACCCAUGUUAUCCCCUCACCACACCCAAAGUUGUCAAUGCCAAACCACCUACCUCUCUUUGACGAGUGGAACCUUGAGAAAGCCAGCCUUGCAGACACAUCGUCGACAAGGAUGAGCGACGGGGAAGAUGAAAGCGAUGAUAAGAAGACGAUGUGACAUCCUCCCUUACCCCAGUCGCCGUCUCCAUGCCUACAUGUACCUCAACAAACGAAUGUCAUUUGGAUAUUAUUGCAUUUAAUCAUAAUAAACUUUAGAACUGAUAUACUUUUUGAUCUGAAACUAGAACCUGCAAGUUUCUUGUUAUUUGAUGCAUCAUUUUUCAGCAAUGCAAUAAACAUAAUUAUCAAAUUGGUAA